GUUAGGGGAGGGAGGGCGGUAGAAAGGGGGCCACCCACUGCUUAGAGCCCCCGCCCUGCGGGUGUCUCGCACGCAUUCUCUGCGUGUGAGAGUGUGGUCUCUGUCGCGCCUAAAGUGCGUGCUCGCGCGCUCCGCGGUGCGCUCCCCCUCCCCUCGGCCCCUGAGGUCCUCCCACCCCAACCAGCUCCCUCCUCUCCCAGCCAACACCGCCCCUCCCGCGCUCUGGCUCUGGCGCCGCCGCAGCCGUCGCCGCUGGAAAGUUCAGGAGCCCUGGAAAGGAGAAAGAAUAAAACGACAGGAGGAAGAGAGAGAGAGGGUUUCAGAAUGUUGGUACAUGCCUGCUUGGAUGUCAGGAUGGUUUGGUGAGAAUUCCUCCAUGAAAGAGAGUUAAGAGGGUAGAAUGGAAGAAUCUCACUUCAAUUCUAACCCGUACUUCUGGCCUUCUAUCCCCACGGUCUCAGGACAGAUUGAAAACACGAUGUUCAUCAACAAGAUGAAGGAUCAGCUGUUGCCAGAGAAGGGCUGUGGGCUGGCUCCACCCCACUACCCCACCUUGUUGACAGUGCCUGCCUCAGUGUCCCUGCCCUCGGGCAUCAGUAUGGACACAGAGUCCAAGUCAGACCAGCUGACCCCACAUAGCCAGGCAUCCGUUACCCAGAAUAUCACGGUGGUCCCUGUGGCGUCUACAGGACUAAUGACUGCUGGAGUCUCCUGUUCUCAGAGGUGGAGAAGAGAAGGGAGUCAAUCAAGGGGUCCUGGUUUGGUAAUCACAUCCCCCUCAGGCUCCCUUGUGACCACAGCCUCAUCAGCUCAGACCUUCCCCAUUUCGGCUCCCAUGAUUGUCUCAGCUCUUCCCCCUGGCUCACAAGCCCUGCAGGUGGUCCCUGACCUUUCCAAGAAGGUGUCAUCAUCCCUAACAGAGGAAGGAGGCGGAGGUGGUGGUGGAGGUGGCAAUGUGGCUCCUAAGCCCCCCCGGGGCCGAAAGAAGAAGCGGAUGUUGGAAUCAGGGCUGCCUGAGAUGAAUGACCCUUAUGUCCUCUCCCCUGAGGAUGAUGAUGACCAUCAGAAAGAUGGAAAGACCUAUAGGAGCGAAGGGAACUGCGGCACAGGAAAUGGACAGAGCCUUGGGCUCAUGGAUUCAGUUCCCGGCUCCACCACGAACUUGCUGUGUGACCCUGGGUGCCGGAUGUGCUCACUGACAUUCUACUCAAAGUCGGAGAUGCAGAUCCACUCCAAGUCACACACCGAGACCAAGCCCCACAAGUGCCCACAUUGUUCCAAGACCUUCGCCAACAGCUCCUACCUGGCCCAGCACAUCCGUAUCCACUCAGGGGCUAAGCCCUACAGUUGUAACUUCUGUGAGAAAUCCUUCCGCCAGCUCUCGCACCUCCAGCAGCACACCCGGAUCCACUCGAAGAUGCACACGGAGACCAUCAAGCCCCACAAGUGCCCGCACUGCUCCAAGACCUUCGCCAACACCUCCUACCUGGCUCAGCACCUCCGUAUCCACUCGGGGGCCAAGCCCUACAACUGUUCCUACUGCCAGAAGGCCUUCCGCCAGCUCUCCCACCUCCAGCAGCACACACGAAUCCACACCGGUGAUAGACCAUAUAAAUGUGCACACCCAGGCUGUGAGAAAGCCUUCACACAGCUCUCUAAUCUGCAGUCCCACAGACGGCAGCACAACAAAGAUAAACCGUUCAAGUGCCACAACUGUCAUCGGGCUUACACAGACGCAGCCUCACUAGAGGUGCACCUAUCUACGCAUACGGUGAAGCAUGCCAAGGUGUACACCUGCACUAUCUGUAGUCGGGCAUAUACGUCGGAAACGUACCUUAUGAAACAUAUGCGCAAACACAACCCUCCUGAUCUCCAGCAACAAGUACAGGCAGCAGCGGCAGCGGCAGCAGUGGCCCAGGCCCAGGCUCAAGCUCAGGCUCAAGCCCAAGCCCAGGCCCAGGCCCAGGCCCAAGCCCAAGCCCAAGCCCAAGCGCAGGCUUCCCAGGCAUCACAGCAGCAGCAGCAGCAGCAGCAGCAGCCACAGCCACCACACUUCCAGUCCCCUGGGGCAGCCCCCCAGGGUGGGGGUGGUGGGGACAGCAACCCCAACCCUCCACCCCAGUGUUCCUUUGACCUGACCCCCUAUAAGACGGCCGAGCAUCAUAAGGACAUCUGCCUCACUGUCACCACCAGCACCAUCCAGGUGGAACACCUGGCUAGCUCCUAGAGACCUGUGCUGCCACCCACUGGGAAGAGGGGAAGGAAGUUCUGGUCCCUUCUUUCUCCAACUCCUCUUGGUGGGAAAAAGUCCUCUUCUUCCUUGACAUGCCUUGGCUCCAUCUCCUUGGACCUCAGGCACGGACUUCCUCCACAGGAUACCAUCCUUAUUUUCAACUCCUCUUCAAAAAAGAACAUCAGCCCUUCUGAUUGGCAGAGGAAUACUGAGCUGGUAGUGUAAUCCAGCAGCCUCCCCUCCUAAGCAUAGCUUUUAAAAAUUGGGAGUUGGUGCUCAAGGGAGGGAUUUGCUAUGACCUCAUAGAAACUUUUCCAUUGUGGGCACUUAUUCCCUCCUUACCCUCAUAAUCCUCGAAGUUCAGGCUGGUAGAAGACUAGAGGCUGGCCCUCCCAGACACCAGAGAGAUGGGAGUCCUAAAUGCAACCAGCCUCCUGUUCUGAUCUUACCUGUGAAAGAACAAGAGGUUUCUCAUGUGCCCUGACCCCUGGGAGUCUUUUUCUUCCCCUCAUGGUCUCACUUCAGUUCUUACUAAUGCUGGAGGAAGGGGAUCUGGAUGGGGGGGUGGGGUGGUCAGACUCCCUUUAUUUGUAAAGGGGCAUGGGCUGAGAUGUGGUCCCCAAGGGGCCGGCAAUCCCCAAAAUGGUUGAGGGGUGGCUUAGAAGUGUGGGUUAUGGUUUUCCUUGGAGCCCCUCCCAUUCUCUGCUAACCAAAAUCCUGUACUCUCAGUCUCCCCAUCCCAAAACGUAAGGAGGUAUGAGAGCUUUGUGUUCUUGAUGAAAUCCUGUAACAGUGGGGUUUUGCAGAGAAGGGAGGGUUCAAGGCAAACACAAGGACUGGAGUUAGCUCCCUAGGUGCCACGGCCAGUUGCCGGAUAUGGAUUUAUAUAUAAAUAUAUAUAUAUAUAAAUAUAUAUAUACCCACUCAUCACGGCCAUCUUUGUUGUAACCAUUUCUGUGUUUAUAAAUGCAUUAUAUCUCAGAAUUUUCAUAUUGAUGUUUUGUUUAUUUUUGUCUUCUUUUUUCCCACCCUGUCUUCUGGCCAGUGACAUUAUUUUCUUUUGUCUUUUUUUUUUUUUUUAAAUCAUGACAGAUUUUAGAGAAAAGAGAAAAUGAAAAAAAAUCAGGAAAUCAGUUGUUAUAAAGCAAUUUAAAAUGAAGAAAAAACUUAUGUACAAACCAAGGGGUGUUUUUAGAACCUUGUAUAGAAAUAAAUUCAUGUAAAAGGAUCAGAGGCA